ACAUUGUACAAGGUGUUGGCUACAUGUAGGUGGAGAACGAAAUACAAAAUACAUAUAUUUAGUCAAAAAGACUCUGAAACAUUUCACAGCCGAUAAUAUUCUUUGGACAUUAAUAAGAUAACGUCUGAGAUCACUGUACCUGAAAUUUGCUGUGCCGUUCGUUUGUGUCGAUUCCGCUAUUUGUGCAGUAGAUUUGGUGCUUUCAACACAGUUUUUAGAAGAAAAAAAUCAGGUAGUUGCAAAACAAAACCUAACCUAGGAAUUAUAUUCUUUGGCAAUGGGCGACGUUGUUAUUCGAUGAAAAGUGAUGGAGUCUUAGGAUGGACUCUUGGAAAACAUCGGCCAGUGUCGACGGCAAACCAUUAUGUCAAAACGUGUUUACAAGACGAUAUUUUGGAGUAUCUUGUUAUCCUUAUUGGCGAUCUGUUGGAUUUCGUCUACAGGAAACCUAGGCUUCAAUUACCAGUACUAUGUUGGGUCAUGGUCGCCACUAAAACAAUCUGAAUACCAAGAGCGGAAUUCUAACAACUAUCGGAUGGAUGACACAUCCCGAUGUCCAAUGCUACGUCACAAUAUAUUCCAAAGUACUUAUCCAAUUCAACUGCAACGUCAAGCUAUUCUUGUCCAUAAGUGUAAGACAAAUCGAUUGUCCAACUCUGCCUCCAAUGGUUCGUCGUUUACCCAGAAAUUAAACAAUAACAUAGCAUUAUACGACCCCAUGGGCUUCUUGUACUGUCGAAUACAGAAAGUAGGCUCGACUUUUUUACAGAAGACAAUACGCAACGUGUUUGCAGAUUUAAAAUUUAUUGCUCCGAGAGGCAACACAAUGCUGGUCAAUCGAUCAAAGGAUUUCAUCGAUUGUCUGCCGAAAACAUCCAAAUUUAUGUUCGUGCGUGAGCCAUAUGGCCGAGCACUGUCCGGCUAUGUAGAUAAACUGUUUGCUCCGAACCCAUUUUACUGGAGAUCAGCUGGACGUUUUAUCAUAAAAACUAUAAGAGGAUUAAAGGCGAGUCCUUUGUCGCUUAAAUGUGGUCAUGACGUCACAUUUCCAGAAUUCAUGAAAUAUGUCAUACACGCGCAGAAGACGUUGACGCAUCGUGAUCGCCAUUUUUAUCCAAUGUAUGAACAUUGUUUUCCUUGUGAUAUUAAAUAUGAUUUCAUUGGGAAAAUGGAAACAUUUCGCGUCGAUGUAUCUCAUAUUUUGGAUGUAUUUAAUUCCACGUUUUCACGGGGAAUGACUUUCGAAAACUUUGAGAAGGAGUCAGACUUACGAAUAGCUUCAACUCACAUAAAUCGUUUGUUUUCCUUUAAAGGACAAACACUACAAUGUGAGCCAUUUCGCAGGUCUUUUCAACGAGUUUGGAGAGACCUACAAAUUCGAGGAGUUCUUCCUAUAGACACCAAAAUGCCCUUUAUUUUGGAGAAGAUGAAUACAAUAAACCAGACCCACGUGACUGAUGUCGUAACACGGAUAAUUCAAAAUGUGCAAAACCGGACAAAACUGAAAGAACAGCGACUGGAAGCGAAAAUUGAAGCUUUUAGCCAACUGUCAGCAGAUAUAAUCAAAGAGUAUAGAGAACUUUACCGAUUGGAUUUCGAACUGUUUGACUAUCCUGCUCUUCCCGACUUUGUAAAAAUUGCUAUUUCGACGCCACCAAAGCACCUCAAAUACUUUGACAUAUUUUGAAAUUAAAAUGUUUUCGGUUA